AUGAAGAGUCAUCAGGAGUGGUAUAAUGAUGAUCUUGCUGCGAUCAAGGAAGUUAUGUUGGCUCUAAAAAAUAGGUGUGAAGGAGGUGAUGAUGGUGACAGGAGGAGAUAUAGACGUGCUAAAUCCAUCUACAAGAAGCAAGUUGAGUUGGCUAGGAAGGUAGCAACAGCAGCCAAAAUUGACAAUGCUCCAAACCGCUGUAAGGCAGCCUGGGAUGUUAUAAAUUCUCAUCGUGCCUUGCCAGUGAGAAAAUUGGAGUUUGCGAGUCCGGAUGCAUUCAAUGAUUUCUUCAUUGAAUCAGUGAAUAGCAUUGUAGGUGAACUGCCCACUGCUGCUGCAGACCCUGCUGUACUGGCUGCACGAGUUCCAGCAGUGCAUGCACGCCUCUCUUUCUUCCGCCCCAUCACUUCAUUGGCCCUGAGGAAGAUUGUCAAAUCAUUCAAGCCAUCGAAAAGUCCUGAUGUGUAUGGAAUGUCUGCAUUCAUGCUUCGUGAGGUGAUUGAGGAAAUUGUUGAUCCACUUGCUGUGGCAGUUAAUGAUUGCCUGAGGACUGCCAUCUUUCCAGACUUCUUGAAAACAUCUAGAACCACUCCGGUUUACAAGAAGGGUGACCACCAGAGCCUAAACAGCUACAGGCCUAUAUCCAUCACUCCAAUCUUUGGUAAGGUGGUUGAAGCAGUCAUCAAGCCCCAACUUGAGGACUUCUUUGAGAGGAAUAACCUUUUUUCAACAUGCAAUUCGGUUUUCGCAGAGGGAGGUCUACUUUUGAUGCGGUAA